AAAAUGGAAGCCACUAAAAGAUUGCUGGAUGCACUUAAGGAGCUUAAGAAAGCAGAGCUCAAAGAAUUCAUCUGGCACCUGGGUAAAGGUGUAGCAGAAGACAUCGAGCCUAUUCCUCAAGGAAUCCUGGAUGGAGCUGAUCGUCAGGAUGUGGUGGACUGCAUGGUAAACCAGUACAGUGAUGAUGCUGGGAAGAUCACAGUCCAAGUGCUGCGCCUCAUGAAACAAAAUGAUCUCGCAAAACGCCUUGAGUCAAAAAUUUGGGAAGGUCAGCCGCCUGUGCAGGAGAAAACAAGACGUGUUGCAGAGCCUGAGGAGCUCAACCAGUCUGAUGGGAAACCUCGCUGCAUGACUACAUCCAGCCAAGAGUUUAAAUGCAAAAAACUUCAAGAAUUGGGAGAUGAUAUUUAUAAACCAGCAAGUUCUCAGAGGAAAGGCUCAGCUCUGCUGAUCACCAACAUUAAAUUUCGCUAUAAAGAGUACAACAGGGAUGGAGCAGAGAGAGAUGAGGAGAACAUGGAGUGGCUCCUGAGAGCUCUGGGUUAUAAUGUUGUGAAACGCAGAAAUCUCUCUGGAAAGGAAAUAGAUGGAGAAGUCAGAAACUUCUCUAAACUUCUCUCUGAACAUCGAGAAGCAGACAGCACCUUUGUGGUCAUCAUGUCUCAUGGGGCAAGAAUUGAAAAUAGAGAUGCCAUUUUAGGUGUCCUUUAUCAUAAAGAGCUAAACCCUGAAGAUGUCUACUAUGUUGAUGAGACCUUCUCUCGUCUGAACUCAGUCAACUGUCCCGCUCUGAUUGAUAAACCGAAGGUUAUUCUCAUUCAGGCCUGCAGAGGAGGUACGACACGUCACCCAGGAGGUGUGGAAGUUCGUGACCAAGUGCCUGAAUCUGACUACUGGGUUCAUAGGGAGAAAGACUUUGUCUGCCUCAUGUCCACCCUUCCUGAUACUGCAGCUUACAGGAAUAGUGUAACUGGAAGUCAUUUUAUCAAUUACAUACUCAAUGUUUUCUGUGAAUGGGCUCAUAAAGAUGAAAUUAUGGAGUUAUUCAGGAAGGUCACCAAUGGCAUGGCGACACACGCAGGAAGAACAGAUAACAAACUCUUGCCGUGUCUAGAAAGAACCUCCCUUACGAAGAAGUUCUACCUGUUCCCUGGGCUCUGAUGCACACCUUAAACCAAAACUGGUCUUUAGAACCCUUUUACAUUUCAUUCAUUCAUUCACACACACAUAUUCAGAAAUGUAACUUUUUGACUUAAUCUCUGAAAAAAUGUUCUUACUGCCUUAAUUUUUUAAUCCAAGUUAUUAGACAGGCCUUGUAAAACUUACCAUUUCCAAUAAGAACACAUACUUUAAAUAGUGUUUAAAUUAAAGCUGCGGUAGGUAACUUUUGAUGCUCUAGCGGUUAAUAAACAGAACUGCUUGCGUCUUGCGGAAGAACAUC